AUGCCAAUUCACGAUCAGGAGGCGAACAGAUUGGCUCCCCAUGAUAGUGGUAACUCUGUCAAUUCGUCAUCCUCCAAUUCUUCAAUACCCUCGGUAUUCAAUAAACGCAAAUUGAUGGGGUUCGGGAAACUAUUUGGUGGGAAGAACCAUCAGGAUCCAAAGCAGAGUGCAGGCCAUUCUCAAAAUGUUAGAAGUUACGACAAGGAACACAUGAAUAGCGGAAGAGAGUUCUUGGGUCAUCUACUAUCUCCAAAGGCUUCCAAUUCAUCGGUGAACUCAAAUGGUAAGUCGCAGUCUCCACAGACUCGGUAUACAAGCCAAGGGCAAAGCAAAUCGGCAGUGGUGACCCCAGGUAGCAAUAAUAGUAGCCAAAGUUUUUUUGGUGAUCCAGCUUUAACAGCAGUGACGAAUCCUUUAUCGAACCAUCUCCAUAACCCUUAUAACUAUACCACCAUGCUAAGCCCGUCAUCCUCGGAGCUAUCGCAUAUGCACCCAGUAGAAAUUUUACAGAAACAGAUUGAAGAUCAUCAGUCGUUGACUCGAUCCAAGAACAGCAGUCUUUCAAGCGUGCCAAAAUUGGCUACUCAAAAUUCAGAAGGGCUAGCUGAGCAUCAGAAGAAGAAGAAACCUUUGAAAUUGAAGAGAUUCUUCAAGAAGAUUCAACCGGAGCCUCUUGCCCAUACUAGUACGAGAGAAAGGCAGGAACAGAAAUUAAAGCACGAAGCAGAUGAAGCUGCACCAUCUCAUGGUGUUUUUGUGAGAACGGACGAGUCUAAAAUGACUCACAAGACCAUUUACGAGACUGAUAAUGCAAAAGAAUUGAUUGAGAAAUACGGGGUACCAGGUAGAAAGCUCGGUGAAGGUUCAUCGGGCUCUGUGUCUGUUGUAGAAAGAACUGAUGGUAAGAUGUUCGCCGUCAAGAUGUUUAGACUGCGAAACAACGCCAAGCAAAGUCAAUUGGCGUUCUCUAAGAAAGUUACAGCAGAGUUCUGUAUAGGCUCCACUUUACAUCAUCCAAAUAUCAUUGAAACGCUGGAUAUGUUACAGGAGGGAGAAGCUUUUCUGGUGGUUAUGGAAUAUGUGCCUUAUGAUUUCUUCACUUUGGUUAUGAGUGAUCUAAUGACAAAAAACGAGGUUGCAUGUUAUUUCAAACAAAUUUGCAGUGGUGUUCACUACUUGCAUUCUAUGGGACUAGCUCAUCGAGAUUUGAAAUUGGAUAAUUGUGUGGUAACUGAUCAGGGGAUCCUUAAAUUGAUCGAUUUUGGUAGCGCAGUGGUGUUCCAGUAUCCAUAUGAACCAGAAAUUGUACAGGCAAGAGGAAUCGUCGGAUCGGAUCCAUAUUUGGCUCCAGAACUCUUGAUCCAGGCUACGUAUGAUCCUCGGCCAGUGGAUGUAUGGUCAAUAGCGAUCACUUUCUAUUGUAUGUCCUUGAGAAGAUUCCCUUGGAAGGCACCUCGUAAGAACUAUACUUCGUUCAAACUUUUCUGUGAAGAACCUGAUAACCCAAGGGAUACUACAAAGGGCCCUUUCAAGAUCUUAAAGCUAUUGCCGCGGUCAUCUAGAAAGUUGGUGGGGCAAAUGCUCAGAAUAGACCCAAAGAAACGUAUCUUGAUGAACGACGUAAUGAAGGAUGAAUGGUUGCAAUCUAUUGAAGUUUGCGAGCCCAACGAGGACGGCACGCUUGACGACGGAAAGCCCCGUGAUCAUGAGCACCAUCUCAUUACAGAAGAUGAGUUGAUCGAGCUCAAUAAGAAGCGUGCGGCUGAAGCAAAAGCUAUUAGGGAAGAAAAGAUCAAGAAAGUUCAGGAUGAAAAGCAUAAUCACGAACACUCACAUGAUCAUCUCCAUGGCCACUCGCAUGGCCACAACCACGGGCAUGGGCAUUCGCAUGGCCACCAUCAUGAACAUGCACACAAACAUCAUCACAAAGAUUCUUCGCAAGAUAAUAGCGAGGCACAAUCCAAGGAUGAUACGAAACCCGAUUCGAAAACUACUGAUGCACCGGCCACUGGUGCUGAGCCGGUUCAGAUUUCCAAUCCGGUCCUUAAGGAGGAAAACGCUUAA